GUGUAGACAGACAACCAAUAUUUAUAAAUAUUUCCUUUUUUAUUAUCUUGUAGUGUGUGUGUCGUGAUAAAAAUGAUAAUGGCGAAGUAGGAUACAUGUGGAAUAUAAUUCUGUGCAUGAGGGGGAUGUGUUAGGUAGAAGAUAAGAGAGAAAUUGGAAAAAAAAUACAAUGGCGGAAACUGACAACCACGGAACCAUGGAAGAACAAACAAUGGAUGAAAAUGAAGUCAAGAACCCAGGUCAGCAGGAAUCUGCAUAUGGGUCAUUAGAGUCUUCAUCUCAGGGCCAGUCACAAAAAAGCAGUUACAGUGGGAGCAAAAGUCUUAAUAGUGGAUCAAGUCACAGUAGUGGCUUUGGAGAUAAUGCAGACUUUAGGGUAAACAGACUAAAGGAUAUUAAACACAAAGAACACAAAAGGAAGAAGGUGAAAGAGAAGACUGAUAAACUCCUGGCAAAAGAGAAACCUGAGAAAUUUAACAAGGAAGAGAAGAAAGAAGACAAGGAGAAGUCAGGGAGCGACGAGCAUGACCAGAGACUCAACAGUGAAACAGCCAGUAGUAUUACAACAGGUAUUGAAGAAAGCACAUCAACAUUCAACUGCCAUCCAAAUGAUGGUGAUGAUAGAGCGGGUGAUCAGCCUACUCUUGUAUAUACACAAGCCCUUAAUUAUAUAAGAAAAAUUAAAGAACGUUCUGCAUAAUUAUGGCACCUCCUUUUUCUGUCGCAUGCGCAUGUACCAUGGCUUAAAGUCCUCUGGCUUUGGUGUGCGUAAUAAGAGAACAAUAUACAAGCCUUGCAAAAUCAUUCUGAAGUUCCAUGAUCCAUCUUGCAUGGAAGAGACAGCAUCAACUUAUGGCCCAAAUUCCUCUCUUCUGCUGGCAGAAGUUAUCCCAAUUGAGAGUGUCUAUCAUGUACCUGGUGAAACCCCUGCAAUGGGUAGCUUUAGCAUACGUCAUUCUGCUUCUUGCAACUUCUCUGAGUACGAUCCAGAGGCCAUUCCAUACCUAGGACACCUUCCACAAGAUUUGACUGGGAAUUCUGUGUUUGAUUGUUAUCACCCAGAAGAUCUACCUUUGCUGAAGUCUGUGUAUGAAGAUAUUGUUAAAGAGCAAGGCAAGCCACACCGGAGUAAACCAUACAGAUUCCGCACUUUCAACGGUAGCUAUGUCACGCUCGAGACAGAGUGGCUCUGCUUUGUCAAUCCAUGGACUAAGAAGAUUGAUUCCAUAAUAGGUCAGCAUAGGGUGUUAAAGGGGCCAGGUGAUAUUGCAAUAUUCCUUGAUCCUACUGAGAAAAGUCAGUCUCCAUUCCCAGAAGAAGUUCUCAAGGAAGCACAGAAAGCUCAAAAGGAAAUCAUUGAAUUAUUGGCCAAGCCUGUAGCCACGUACCGAGACCCCAGUAAAGAGCCUCAGGAGAUGAGGCGUCGCACGCUGGCCCACAUGAUGAGCUCAAUUGUGGAGGAGCUUGACAACAUGGAGAAGAAACAGAGCACGGCAGAAGAACGGAAUGCAGAGGGACAGAGGUCAGGCAGUCGACAGCCCCUCAGCAUGGUGACCGAGCCAGGCCAGCCCAAUGUUGACCAAGCAUCAGUAGUCAUGGGGGAAAUCUCUCCUCACCAAGAUGACCGUUGUUAUGAGUCCAACCCCUCAACCUCUACCCCAUCUAGCUACAGCAAGCUCAACUACAAUGAAACUAUGCAGAGAUUUUUUCGAAGUCACCCUAAGACUGUCUCUUCAGAUGAAAGUGGUGAUAGUAAAAUGGAAGUGUCACACCUGGGAAGCUUAGAUGGCAAGAGCAGUUCCGACCCCACCUUCUCCACUUCAGGCGGUUCUGGCAACCACAAGAACUCGCAAACGCACUCGCUCUCCAAGACUCUCUCUCAGUCGCAGUCUGGCUCAGGGUCAGGGGACAACUGCGACAACACAAGGAAGUCAGAGAGCACCGGCAAUGGCAGUGGGAGCGGCGACAACGGUUCUUAUCGGCACGUCCAGCUGACAGAGGAGGUGCUGUCGAGGCACAAUGCGGACAUGCAGAAGAUGUUCCUCCAGCGCCAGAGGACGGGGGGCAAGCUCUACAAGGACAAGUGGAAGAUUAAGUCCAUGAAGAAACUGAUGAAGAAGUCGGGUGAUCGGAACCACGGCAUUAAGCGCUCAGGGGCCGUUUUGGAGCAGGAGUCCAGUGUCCAGAAGCAGCCUUACCUUGCCCCCCCCUCAGGUGUUCCAGGACCCCUCAAGCCUCCCCCGAGAGAGGGUUGGCCACAGAAUGAGACCAAAUCAGAGACUCCAGGACAAUCCAGCACUGCCAAUGUGGGACCAAACGUGCUGCCUACGGGUAGACUGGCAGCGCCGCCAUUUCCAGGGAUCAUGCCUGGGUAUUACCUUCCAACGAGCACGUCCAGUGUGUCACCCAUUCCGCCCAUGGAGAACUUGUUAGUUCCCCAGCCUCCUGGUCCAACUCUGCUGAUGCCUCCUCAGCAGCCAGCUUACAUUCAGCCGCAAGCGAGCAUGGCAGUCCCUGUCCAGUAUGUGGGUGCUUUCCCGGGUGUGAUGUACCAGCCAGUUGGACCUCCUCUGUUUAAUGCACCUCCCCUCAUGCUACCUAAUGUGGUCUUCCAACACACAGUCGUACAGUCUCCCCACGGACAGAUCUCUAUACCACUGUCGUCCGAUGGAGAAAAGAGGUCUGGUGCAGAAAGCGAGCAGGAAAUGGACCCGAAUCAGCCAUCGGGCAAAAACUUCAACCUGAAGCGUUCAGCAGUGCACAUGCGUCGACCAGAUUCUCAAGCCACGUCGGUCAAAGCAGAACCCGGCUCAGCCAGGGGCAGCACUGCCUCAGCUUCGGGCAAGAUCAUUAGUUCUCAUUCUCACGCAGCAGAGAGCAUACGCUCCUUUGUAGAGGAUACAACUAUACUUUCACCUGGAUGUGCACCCAAGGACCGUGAGAAGAACCAUGACUCAUCACAGUUCUCACAGUCAACCAGUGUACAGGCAGAGGCAGAAAGUGUUGGGUCGCCAGGGAAGCAGGAUAAGGCAGCUCUAGAUGAUCGUGAGCAAUGCCUAGACAACAAUUCAAGUGAUAUGAUAACAAGUUCUACCAAUUCUUCAAGGGAGUACAAGUCUACAGAUGACAGUGUACAGAACAUAUCAGAACAAUCAGAAAAUAGUGAGGCUUCUCCAGCUGAUAUAAAAUGGAAUUUACCACGCUCUAAAUGUCGUCGACCAGUCUUAAAUGACCCACCGUGGUUAGAUGACGUGAAAGUAACCCCUGAGCUACUGUAUAGAUACCAGUUAGAGACCAAAGAACUGGUUGAUGUUCUGAGACACGAUAUGGAUAUGUUGAAGAAACUGAGACAGCCUGUGUGGGUGGAUGACCAGCUCUCCUCCUUAUACCAUGAGCUGGAGCUUGAAGGCUCCAGCCCAGACCUUCACCUGGAAGAAGGGGUUACAUCCUCUUCUGGCGAGGAUCAGGCAGGGACUUCUUCUCAGAAUUUCUCAAGGAAGAAGAAAUCCUCCAUGUACUUUAGCAAGAUGUCAAUGCUUCAUGAGGAGGACGCCCCAAUGCCCCCCCCAGAUGCGGGUCUGCUGACAGGACAGCCGGCACCUGAGUCGUCCACCUCCUCCUCUUAAUAGGUGGUUUCUAGUUUCUCCAAGAUUUACAAGUGCAAGACAUGUCCAAAACUUUUUCUGAUCUGUUCAUAUGACUUUGAGAUGUCUGUUGUUUAAAAGACAAAUAUAUGUGUGUGUGUGUGUGUGUGUGUGUGUGUAAGGAUUUUGUAUUAAGAUCUUGAAGUGCAGUGAGAUUUUUUUUUUACAGGGGAUAAAUUGCACGAAAGACAGUGCCAUGUGUUUGCAAUAAGUAAGGACAUCAGGGAUAGAUUUUAUGAGAUGGAUAUACAUCUAUAUCUAUCUA